AUGACAGAACUGACGUUUGCGACUCCGCUUCCGCAAUCAACACGCUCCGAGACGUUGGAGUGGCGGUUCCCAAAACCACAUAGCCAAUAUGUCUUGACGGGCAAGUCUCGAGCAGCGUGGCAUACCUCAUUCGUCAUCCCUCAGCUCAAUCUUCUUCUCGAUGCCGGACUCUGCGUCAACAAGGCACGACCAAAGCACAUUUUUCUCACCCAUGGCCACAGCGACCACACUCUUCUAUCACCCGCCUUUGUCAAACGCGAGGAUCCGCCUGAUAUCUAUUGUCCAGUCGAGAUGGUCAAGGUACUCGACGACUUUCUCCUCGCCAGAACGAUGCUUAAUCUCGGUGGACUGAUAACUGCCGAAGAUGCCGACCAACUCGCAGACACAAGUGAUGAAGGCAGCAAUGACCCGGACCGAAAUGGAUGGCUCAACACUCAUAUUACACAUGGCGUUCAACACGGCGAUACCGUCAACCUAAGAAGAACGAAGAAUGUGACUGCCACAGCCUUCAACUGCGACCACACAGUCCCGUGUGUGGGCUACGUCUUUUCCAUGGUCACACAUGGCCUCAAGUCAGAAUUUACCUCUCGUAAAGGGCCCGAACUCAAGGCACUACGCGAAUCCGGCGUCGAAAUCACGGCUCCACGGUCAACUCCCAUAUUUGCCUUUCUAGGCGACACCACCGCAGCAACCCUGGCUGCUGACCCCGUUUGGCUACAAGAGGGUAUACCGGUGGUCAUCACAGAGUGCAGUUUCUUGUACGAGGAGCACAAGCCACAGGCGGUUCGGACCAAGCACACAAUAUGGAGCGAUCUGGAACCAGUCAUUCGAAAGUGGCCCAAGACGACAUUUGUGCUCAUGCAUUUCAGUAUGCGAUACACGGAGGAGGCUAUAAGACAAUUCUUCAAGGAAAUGGUGAACCCGCCAGGGAACAUUGUGGUCUGGAUUGAUGGAGAAUCCGAGACGUGA